AUGAACACUUCAGCAUGCCUUCGGAGGACCCGUUUGCGUGUCGUUGGUGCAGGUUCUGGUACUUCACUCCAGCCCACCGUGAGCUCACCUUUCAAACCUUCAACGCUUCUGGCAAAGAUAAGGGGAAUUCGCCAUCCCUCAAUCAGACACAUCUUGUCCGGGUUCGAGGGUGUAGUCGCUCCUGGCGAAAUGCUGUUGGUCCUUGGCCGUCCCGGCACCGGGUGCUCGACCUUCCUCAAGACGCUCGCUAACCAACGCGGGGAGUAUCAUGCUGUCGAAGGUCAAAUUUUCUAUGAUUCAUUCACCCCAGAGGAGAUACAUAACUCCUUUCGUGGCGAUGUCACUUAUUGUCCGGAGGAUGAUGUCCACUUCCCGACGAUGACCGUCGAACAGACGCUCUCUUUCGCUGUUAGAAACUGUACUCCCGAAACUCGUCUUCCCGGCCAGACACGCGAGAACUAUGUUGAGGAUACCACCGAAAUGCUAAUGAAAGUCCUUGGCCUCUAUCGUUCAAAAGAUACCAUUGUUGGCAAUGCUCAGAUCCAAGGUGUUUCCGGUGGCGAGAGAAAGCGAGUUUCUAUCGCAGAGACUUUAGGCUCUGCAGGCUCACUUGGUGCAUGGGAUAAUUCCACUCGUGGACUAGACUCCUCGACUGCCCUUGAGUUUGUUCGCACAAUGCGUUCCAUCACAGAUAUCAAACGCACAACUACGAUUGUCUCCCUCUACCAGGCGGGCGAGUCGUUAUACGAUCUAUUUGAUAAAGUCUGUGUGAUCGCGGAAGGGAAGAUGGCCUAUUUUGGUCCGGCGAAGUCAGCCAAAGAUUACUUCAUUGGUAUGGGUUUCGAACCACAAAACAGGCAAACUACCCCCGACUUCCUGGUUGCAGUUACGGACCCCAACGGGAGGAAAAUCCGCCCUGGACAUGAGAGCUCUGUCCCACGAACGUCGGAGGAACUUGCUAGUCGGUUCAUAGCUUCUGACCUUGGUCGUCAGAAUCAGAAAGCCAUUGAACAGCGCCGCGAGGAAUGCGUUGGCAAUCACGAAAACAAGCAGGCAUAUCUGUCCAGUGUGGCCGCUGAACAUGCCAGUACAUCUACUCCUUACAUGACUUCUAUUUUUCAGCAAGUCAAAGUGGUCAUGAAGCGCCGCGUGCAAGUUAUUGUUGGUGACAAGUUCGAGUUCUUUAUACGAUUGGCAUCCCAGGUCUUCCAAGCGUUAAUUAUGGGCACCGUCUUUCUGAACGUGCCAAAUGACACCUCGGCCUAUUUCUCCCGUGAAGGUGUUCUGUUCUUUUCCCUCUUCUUCAAUGCUAUUACAUCUGUUGCAGAAAUCCCUUCACUGUUCUUCCAGCGUCCUAUCGUGCUUCGUCACCAGAAAGCCGCGUUACAUCAUCCUUUUAUUCAGGGCCUCGCCCAUACUAUUGUUGAUAUUCCGGUCACUUUGAUCGUUCAACUGGUGUUCGCUGUGGUACUCUACUUCCUGGUUGGGUUGCAACAUUCUGCCACACAGUUUUUCAUUUUUUACCUGUUUAUCUUUUUAAUGUCGCAAACCAUGAAAUCAUUCUUUAGAGCUAUCGCUGCAAGCUUUAAAACUCGUCCUAGUGCAAUAGCUCUUAGCGGUAUCUUCGUUCUCUUGAUAUCGCUCUACGGUGGGUACACAAUUCCUUGGCCAACUGCACCAAAGGGCUUGCGGUGGAUCAUGUGGUUGAACCCAUUGUGGUGGGCGUUCGGUGGACUUGUGGUGAACGAGUUCAAUACGAUCAACGGAGCGUGCUCCACUCUCGUCCCUCAAGGUCCCGGUUACGAGAAUGUUUCGCUUGCAAACCAGGUUUGCACGACUGUCGGAUCGCAGCCCGGGCAGCUUCUUGUUGAUGGCAACAUCUAUGUUGCAUUGACGUUUGACUUUUGGUAUAGUCAACUUUGGAGGAACUUUGCUGUCCUUUGUGCUUUCUACCUUGGGUUCCUGGCCAUUUUCCUAGUUGCCACACAACUCAACACUUCGUCUGCUUUCGAUACUGCCGUCGUUCUCUUUAAACAGGGUUCUACUGUUGUCGAUGAGAAAACCAAGGUCCUUGAUGAGGAAAAAGCAGAUGCAGAAUUUCAUUCUAGAUCCCACUCAGAUGCAGCUGAUUCCUCGGCCUUCAACAAUGUGGAGAAGAACACCGCGGUUACGGACCUCUUCACGUGGCAACACCUGCAGUAUGACGUCCCCACUGAGGGAGGAAUGAAACGCCUUCUCGAUGAUGUCACGGGCUUUGUUGCCCCUGGGAAGCUCACCGCGCUAAUGGGUGAAUCUGGCGCUGGAAAGACAACGCUCUUGAAUGUUCUUGACCAACGUGUCGGUGGUGUUGGUGUGGUGACUGGCGAGCGAUUCUUUAGCGGACAACCGCUCCCCGUAGAUUUCCAAGCUCAGACUGGUUACUGCGAACAACUCGACACCCAUCUUCCUGAGGCGACUGUUUGUGAAGCGCUCCUUUUCUCUGCUAAUCUUCGCCAGCCACAGUUGGUUCCUCUCGCUGAAAAGGAAGCAUACGUUGACAAGUGUCUUCAAAUGUGUGGUCUAGAGGAGUAUGCCGACGCUAUUGUUGGUUCUCUCGGGGUUGAGUGCCGUAAACGUACCACCAUCGCAGUGGAGCUCGCUGCCAAGCCCAAACUUCUACUCUUCUUGGAUGAACCUACGUCCGGCCUAGACUCGCAAUCUGCCUGGGCUAUCGUGCAUGUCCUUCGUGAGCUUGCUGAUCGUGGUCAGGCCAUUCUCUGCACAAUCCAUCAACCUUCGGGAGAGCUCUUCCAGGUCUUUGACAGGUUACUGCUCCUUCGCAAGGGUGGACAGACCGUCUACUUUGGCGAUACUGGCGAGAACUCGUCGACUACGCUGAAUUACUUUGAGCGUAACGGUGCUCCGCGCUGUGGCUCCGAUGACAACCCGGCGGAAUACAUGCUUGAUGUGAUUGGUGCUGGGGCAACUGCAGUCUCCACCACUGAUUGGUGUGAUGUCUGGAAGCGUUCACCAGAAGCGGCGCAGCUUCAAGAGCAGAUCGACAACUUGCAUGAACAUGGUCGUACUCACCCACCACAGCUGAGCGUCCGGCACUCUGUCUUCACUACCUCAUGGUGGCACCAGUUCGUUACGCUCACCCACCGAAACUUCCAAGCAUACUGGCGCAAUCCUACGUAUAUCCGCGCCAAAUUUGUGCUUAACAUCUUUGGCGGUCUCCUUGUGGGCUUCACAUUCUUCCGGUCAGAUGAUUCUUUGCAGGGCACCCAAAACAAGCUGUUCAUAAGUAUAUCAAUUUGGUCAAUCUUCCUCGCUCUUGUGCUUUGUGUUCCACUCACCCAUCAGAUCAUGGCCGUCUACAUUGACAUUCGCACAGUGUACGAGAUACGCGAACGUCCUAGUAGAAUGUACAACUGGACUGCUCUCGUCAUGUCACAGCUUGUCGCUGAGCUUCCCUGGAACGUGACAGGUUCUGUGAUGUUCUUUUUCUGCUGGUACUGGACCGUUGGAUUCCCCACAGCCCGGGCAGGCUACACGUUCCUCAUUCUCGCCAUCGCCUUCCCGUUGUACUAUACUACGUUUGGACAUGGUAUCGCGUCCAUGUCGCCCACCGCUCCAGUUGCAUCCAUAUACUUCACAACUCUCAUUAUACGCAGACCCAGGCCCGCGUGCUCCGAGCUACCAUCUUUACCCUCCUCAUCAGUCUGCUGA